AUGGGGGUGGCAUUAACAAGAGCAGCUCAAUGGACCACUGCUGGAUUUGGAACUGGGACCUUAGAACUUACCCCUUUAAAUGAAGCCAUUCUAAAUGACAUUAUCAAGUUUGUGGAGACCUUCAGUGCUAAAUAUCCUCAAGAAGCAGAAUUUGUUUUCAAAGAGCCACUUCAAUGGAAAACAACCUUGGAGCCUUCAGAAUUUGAAUCUGGUUACAUUGUCAGUGGAACAACAGUCCAAUCAGAAGAAAAUUCCAAAGGGCAGCCGCUGCUACAGUUGUCUGGAGGCGAUAUUAAAGUCAGUAGCUUUGGCCAACUGUCACGCCUGUUACGUCUUGCCAGGGAUAAACAGCUGAAGGAAACACAAGCAUGUCUUGAAGCUAAUAGAGACCCUGUAGUGAAAAUUUUAGGCGCGGGAUACGGUACAGUGGAAGGAGAAGAAGAUUUGUCCACAAUACGUUUCCUAGAUAAAAUGAAAAAAGAUGAUGAUCCUGAAAGCAACAUUAAAAUGAAAAUCUCACUUCUGCUGCAGCAAUUGGACAUGCAUCUGCUCAAUAGUUCUCUAAAACAUAUCUCUUUGGAAAUACGUUUAAAUCCAUCUGCAGUUAAGAAUGAUGUAGAUCUGCUCAAGCGUUUCUCAGGAGAAGGAGAACAAACAGUCUUGGAAUCUAUCGAUUAUACAUCAGACUUUGAAUUUGCAAAUGGGUGUCGGGCCCCACCUUGGAGACAGAUGCAUGGGGAAAUUUGUUAUUUGAUCGUGAAACCACAUGACUGUGAUAGUAUCUACCUGACUUGUAGCACAGCAGGAGUUUUUGUAAACGGUGGCAUAGAAAAUGAACAAGAAGAAAUUGACUAUGAGAGACGUAGUGAAAUAUAUAAAGAUAUCGUCAGCUUUUUAAGAGAAAAAUCAGCAAAAUUUUCAGAAAAUAUGUCAAAACAGCAACAUUCAUUUUUUGGAAAUAAAGCAAAGGAAAAGAAGAAACAUACAAUUACAACUGAAAAAGAAGAAAUACCUUCCCUUCCAAAGUCAUCUUUGGCUCUAGAAAAGAGUCCAUCUGAAAAAAGACGCAUAGUUAGGAAAUUAGAACCCAGUUUAAAAUGGACGUCUUCUAUUGUUCCACAAGAGAAAAAAGAGUCAGCAAAAGAAAGCCAAGAUGAAAAGUCUAUCCUAUCAAGUACAGAUAAGCCAAAAUCAGUAUCUCCUUCAACCUCAGCUGGAAAAACACAAUCUUCUUCAAGACGUAAGAGUUCCCUCAAGAUAGAGGAACUGAUUAGUGAAAGUUCCUCAGAGAGUGAGGAGGAUGAAGAACAGCCUGAUCAUCGACAGGAAGGACAAACAGAUUUACCCUCUGAAUAUUGGCAAAUUCAGAAACUAGUAAAAUAUUUAAAGGGAGGAAAUCAGACAGCUACAGUAAUUGCAUUGUGUUCAAUGAGAGAUUUCAACUUAGCCCAAGAAACCUGUCAGUUGGCUAUUAGAGAUGUUGGGGGUUUGGAAGUCCUAAUCAAUUUGCUUGAUACAGAUGAAGUCAAAUGUAAGAUUGGUUCAUUAAAAAUCUUGAAGGAAAUUAGCCAUAAUUCUCAGAUCAGACGUGCGAUUGUUGACCUUGGAGGUUUACCAAUUAUGGUGAAGAUACUUGAUUCUCCAGAUAAAAAUCUGAAAUGUUUGGCAGCUGAAACAAUAGCAAAUGUUGCCAAUUUCAGAAGAGCCCGGAGGACAGUGAGGCAGCAUGGUGGCAUAAAGAAAUUGGUUGAACUGCUGGACUACGCCCAGAGCACAACAGACUCUAUGCACCACCAUUCGCUGUAUGAGACCAAGGAUGUAGAAGUGGCCCGAUGUGGGGCUUUGGCACUGUGGAGCUGCAGUAAGAGCCAUGCCAACAAAGAAGCCAUUCGGAAAGCGGGGGGCAUCCCUCUCUUGGCUCGCUUGCUGAAGUCUUCACAUCAGAACAUGCUCAUUCCUGUUGUUGGGACCCUGCAAGAAUGUGCUUCUGAGGAACACUACCGUGCAGCCAUCAAAGCAGAGCAGAUCAUUGAAAAUCUGGUGAAAAACCUAAAUAGUGAAAAUGAAGUGCUUCAGGAACAUUGCGCUAUGGCCAUCUAUCAGUGUGCUGAAGAUGAGGAAACUCGGGACCUGGUUAGGCUUCAUGGUGGCCUUAAACCACUUGCAAAUCUGCUUAAUAAUACAGACAAUAAAGAACGGCUAGCAGCAGUUACUGGAGCCAUAUGGAAAUGUGCGAUCUGCAAGGAGAAUGUGACAAAGUUUCGAGAAUACAAGGCUAUUGAAACCUUGGUAGGACUUCUAACAGAUCAGCCUGAAGAAGUGCUUGUGAAUGUAGUUGGAGCUCUGGGAGAAUGUUGUCAAGAACAGGAGAACCGAGUUAUUAUCCGGAGAUGUGGUGGCAUUCAGCCACUUGUUAAUUUGCUUGUUGGAACAAACCAGGCUCUUCUCGUGAAUGUUACAAAAGCAGUUGGCGCGUGUGCAACAGAGAUGGAAAACAUGAUGAUAAUUGAUCGCUUAGAUGGAGUCCGUUUGUUAUGGUCCUUGCUGAAAAAUCCUCAUCCAGAUGUUAAGGCCAGUGCUGCUUGGGCUCUCUGCCCCUGCAUUGAAAAUGCAAAGGAUGCUGGAGAAAUGGUUCGUUCCUUUGUUGGUGGCCUGGAACUUGUAGUCAAUUUACUAAAAUCAGAAAACAAGGAAGUCUUAGCAAGUGUAUGUGCUGCAAUCACCAAUAUAGCAAAGGAUCAAGAAAAUUUAGCAGUUAUAACAGAUCAUGGUGUUGUCCCUUUGUUGUCCAAACUUGCAAAUACAAAUAAUGAUAAACUGAGGCGGCAUCUAGCUGAAGCUAUUUCUCGUUGCUGUAUGUGGGGCAGGAAUAGAAUUGCCUUUGGAGAGCACAAAGCGGUGGCUCCAUUAGUACGGUACCUGAGAUCAAAAGACACAAACGUCCACCGGGCCACGGCCCAGGCCCUAUAUCAGCUCUCAGAAGAUGCCAACAAUUGUAUCACCAUGCAUGAAAAUGGGGCGGUCAAGCUUUUACUGGAUAUGGUUGGCUCUCCUGAUGAAGUGCUCCAAGAAGCUGCAGCUGGUUGUAUCUCAAACAUUCGAAGACUGGCUCUAGCUACAGAGAAGGCAAAAUAUAGUUGA